GUUUCGUCCUAGAGCUUGGUCAGCUCGCAGUAGCGGAUCGGAUCCAGUCCUAAUCUUUAGUUGUUUACGACACCUGAUCCCUAUCACUUAUUCCUCGUUAGAUCGCAAUGUACGAACAGAUCGACGUCGACGAUCGUGAACUCGAAGCCCAGGGGUAUGCACCGGCAAUGCCCAGGCGGUUUUCACUAUUGUCACUUUUCUCGCUAGGCUUUGCGCUGACAGCUACGUGGAAUGGAUUCGGGAGUGCUAUCGGAGCUAGCUUGGCCCAAUCCUCCUCAUCGGGAACUAUAUGGACUCUGGUCAUCGCUGCUCUAAUGAAUUUCGUUGUUUCACUAGGAAUGGCGGAGCUCGUUUCGGCUUUUCCAAACUCUGGAGCACAAUAUUAUUGGUCGUACAAAGUUGCGAGUCCAGAAUGGGCACCUUUUGCGUCAUACAUGUCGGCUUGUAUCAGUACGUGCGGCUGGUGGCUAGGUCUCGCUAGCGUAUGCAACUUUGUUGCGGCCACAAUAUUGGCUAUAUUGCAGAUUUGUGUUAAAGAGUACACUCUCUGCCCUUCGCAUCAGUGGUUUUGCUAUGUUGCAAUCAUCUGGCUAGCUGCCUUACUCAACAUAUAUGCCACACGGUUCCUCCCAGCACUUAAUCAAUAUCUUCUUUACUUUUCGGUAUCAACACUCCUCAUCACUAUCCUGGUCAUCCUUGUAUGCGCCGCUCCAAAUUACCAGUCCAGCGUAUGGGUUUUUACAGAUACAACAAGUUUCAACACGUCAUAUGACAAAAGCUUUCUCUUUGUUUUAUGCUUAUUGAAUAAUACUUACGGCUUUAUGGGUACCGAUGCUGGUGCUCAUAUGGCCGAAGAGAUCCCUUCUCCGUCCAUCAAUGCACCCAAGGUCAUGAUAUAUCCAGUAAUUAUCGGGCUGGUCACUACAUGGCCCUUUGCGGUUGCAUGUAUGUAUGUGAUAACUGACAUUGAAAGAGUUGUCAAUCCUCCAAGCGAGAUCAGCUUGGUCGAGAUUUAUCUCCAAGCUACGGAAAGCGAAUUCACGACUAUUUUACUCUUGGCAGCUUUUGCAAUAUGCCUCUUUGGGUGCGCAGCCGCCAAUAUCACAGGUUCAAGUCGUCAAAUCUGGGCCGCAUCCAGGGACAAUUGCUAUCCUUUAUCAACAUGGCUAGCAGAGGUCCACCCCAAGCACAAAAUGCCUAUGAAUGCUGCCUGUCUGACGGCAAUUUUCGCUACGCUCUACGGAUUAAUCUUUUUGCGAUCAAGUACUGCUUUUGCUUCAAUGGUCAGCGCCAAUAUCGUUUUUAUGAUGACCUCGUAUGUCAUUCCACAAGGAAUUGCUGUGUGGAGGGGACGUUCUAGCGUUCUUCCUAUACGUCAUUUCAAUCUUGGAAUAUGGGGAUCAUUUGUCAACAUCACUAGCUGUGUGUGGGUUUGUUUUCUGGACAUUGUGGCUUGCUUUCCAAUCAUUCGGCCAGUCACUGCUGCCAACAUGAAUUGGGUCAGUGUUGUCAUAUUUAUCACUACUGCCUAUAUGGUCUUGGCUUGGUACCUCUGGCAACGACACGUAUUCAGGGGGCCGAGGUUAAACACGCGGUUCAUACAAAAUUCCCGUUCGCGAGCUGCGAGUCUUCCUCAUAAACAUUCUCCUUGUGGCCUGAUUGAUCAACCCAACAAUGAGACCAUCGACAAAGACGGGAAAGUGGAUUGAUCGUCUAUGCCUGGCUUCUGUGGGUAUCUUGACCGGUCCAAGAACAGUUUGUCUAUAUCCGAAUGUGCUUUUCAUCGGAUAUCACGAGAAGGGAUUAUAUGACGGUCUGGCACAGCACGAUUAUGUUUAAUCUGGAUAAUCAUUUGGUUUAGGAAGGGUGCAUACUCACUAUUAGAAUAAAGACCAAUAUCUGGAAUGA